UGUGUUGUCACCGCUGACGUAGCUGCCAGUAUCGCGCUUCAAACACGUGUUGAGUCGAUCUGAGCGUCGCUGGUUCCGACAGGAGCCUGAACGGAACCAGAACUUCGGUGUUUGGUCCAGCUGAGACCCGGCGGUCCGAGCCUGCUGCUCGGUUCUGUUGGACCGGAUCCACCGGUGGGAAGCUUCUGGCAGAGCAACCAUGAUGAAGUACAUCCUGGUGACGGGCGGCGUCAUCUCCGGCAUCGGCAAAGGGAUCAUCGCCAGCAGCGUGGGAACAAUCCUCAAGUCGUGCGGUCUGCGUGUCACGGCCAUCAAGAUCGACCCGUACAUCAACAUUGACGCCGGGACCUUUUCUCCGUACGAACACGGUGAGGUGUUUGUGCUGGAUGAUGGCGGCGAGGUGGACCUGGACCUGGGCAACUAUGAGCGCUUCCUGGACAUCCGGCUGACCAGAGACAACAACCUGACCACGGGGAAGAUCUACCAGUCAGUCAUCACCAAGGAGAGGAGAGGAGACUACCUGGGGAAGACGGUUCAGGUGGUUCCUCACAUCACUGACGCCAUCCAGGAGUGGGUGGUGAACCAGGCCAAGGUUCCAGUGGAUGGAGAUGAGACCGAGCCCCAAGUCUGCGUCAUCGAGCUGGGAGGAACUGUGGGAGACAUAGAGAGCAUGCCCUUCGUGGAGGCCUUCAGGCAGUUCCAGUUCAAAGUGAAGAGGGAGAACUUCUGUAACAUCCACGUCAGUUUGAUACCGCAGCCCAGCGCCACCGGCGAGCAGAAGACCAAGCCGACCCAGAACAGCGUCAGAGAGCUGAGGGGUUUAGACCUGAUCUGGUUCCUGAUUAAGUCAGUGGAACCAUCUAGAAGUGAAGCCGUGGUUCGGACCUUCAGCUGCUGGUCGGAUCCAGAAGGCCUCAUCCUCCUCUUCCGUCUCCUCCUGCAGAUCAUGUGCCGUUGCUCCACCGCUCUGGAGAAUUCAGUGAAGGAGAAGAUCUCCAUGUUCUGCCAUGUAGAACCUCAGCAGGUCAUCUGCGUCCACGACGUGUCGUCCAUCUACAGAGUGCCGCUGCUGCUGGAGGAGCAGGGCGUGGUGGGCUACCUGAGCAGCAGGCUCAACAUGCCCAUCCAGACCAAGCCCAGAACCAUGCUGGCCAAGUGGAAGGAGAUGUCCGACAGGUCGGACCGGCUGCUGGAGCAGUGCUCCAUCGCUCUGGUGGGGAAGUACACCAAGUUCUCCGACUCGUACGCCUCGGUCAUCAAGGCGCUGGAGCACUCGGCUCUGGCCAUCAGCCACAGACUGGAGGUCAAGUACAUCGACUCGGCGUACCUGGAGCCCGGUACCAUGCAGGACGAGCCGGUCAAGUACCAUGAGGCCUGGCAGAAGCUGUGCAGCGCCGAUGGCAUCCUGGUUCCUGGAGGCUUCGGCGUUCGGGGAACCGAGGGGAAGAUCCACGCCAUCAGCUGGGCCAGGAAGCAGAGGAAACCCUUCCUAGGCGUCUGUCUGGGGAUGCAGCUGGCCGUCUGUGAGUACGCCAGGAACGUUCUGGGCUGGUCAGAUGCCAACUCCACCGAGUUUGACCCGGAAUCCAAGCAUCCUGUGGUGAUCGACAUGCCGGAACACAACCCGGGCCAGAUGGGCGGAACCAUGAGGCUGGGGAAGAGGCGGACCAUCUUCACAACCGGCAACAGCGUUCUGAGGAAACUCUAUGGAGACGCAGAAUAUGUGGAGGAGCGGCACCGGCACCGCUUCGAGGUCAACCCGGAGCUAAAGCGUCACUUCGAGGAUCAGGGCUUCCGCUUCGUGGGUCAGGAUGUGGAAGGAGAGCGAAUGGAGAUCAUCGAGCUGGAAGAUCACCCGUACUUCGUGGGGGUGCAGUACCACCCAGAGUUCACGUCCCGCCCCAUCAAGCCGUCGCCGCCGUACCUGGGCCUGCUGCUGGCGGCUGCAGGGAAGUUGCAGAGCUACCUCCAGAAAGGCUGCCGCCUGUCUCCACGAGACAUGUACAGCGACCGGAGCAGCAGCAGCAGCCCCGACUCAGAGAUCGCCGAGCUGAGGUUCCCUCCGGUUACAGAUUCUGCAUGAAGACCCGGUUCGGCCCGCUGCAGCUUUUAUGAACGUUUGAGUGAUGCUUUGUCAAUAAAUGGUUGAUAGGA